AUAGCAGUGAACAACGUGCUUGGCCCAUUUUAACUAUAGAACUGCCGAAAUAUGAUCGUUCAUAUUGUGUAAUUUAUUAACAGUGAAUAUACUUCUUCUCCGUUUCAUUGUUACACAAAAAUAAUACAAAUAUUGUAUUUUUAUAACCGAACCAGUUUUUUAUCACAUUUUCACGCGAAUAAAAAAUAAAAUUAGUGAUAACUCCAACGUCGACCCUUUUUACUGCCGACACAGAUCACCGGAGCCUCAUGUCUCUUUGCUGGUAUUGUUUUUAAUGUUUUAUACCGCGUAUGGAUUUAACCAUGGAUGUUCAAAAUGAGCUUGAUUUUCAAUUUUUGGAUCUACGUGAUUUAAAUGACAAUGAUAAGAAUCAUUUACUAGGAAUUUUGAAAUCCAAUGUCACUACAGAUGCCUUAAAAUUACCAUGGGAUACAAUUGAAACUAACAAUGAUAUUGAUGCUUCUGUAACAGAAAUUCCUCAGCUACAAAAUCAAUGGUAUCACAAUGCAAUGCCACCACCACCUUCGUAUACACAGCAAAUAAUGUGCAGUGACUGGCAGGCACCACCUAUGUACCCUGUUCCAACAGAUGCCCAUAUACAACCAUUCAUGCCUGCGAUGACUUAUUCACACCCUGGAUACAAUCUUGGAGGUGAAAUUCAUGAUGUCAACUGUAAUAGAGAAAAUAAUAGGAGAAAUAAUCGAGGCAGAGGAAUAAGGAGAGAUAAUUUUAAUCAUGGAAUGAAUCCAGCAAACGAUAUACAGCCAGGAUACAUGGGAGAGCAAGGACAAUUUCACCCACAGUUAUCUUUUGUAGUUAUGUAUCCAGAUCAGACGCAGCAACAGCAGUUCUCUGGCCAUGUUCACUAUCCACCAUUAGCAAUAUACCAGCCAAAUCUACAUACGCAUACAACUACACACCCGCAUGUACAGCCUACGUAUGGAUACCCUCCAUACCAUCAUCCUUCUGGUAAUAUGAGAUGUGUUCGACAACCAGCACCUGUGCUUUCUCAAUCUACUCAAGAGUGUACAAAAGUACAAACCGCAAAAUCGCACGAAAAGCGUGUGCAAAAUGUCUACACGCCUGUCAAACAACCUUUUCACCAAAUAAACGAAGAGGAUAAUUCUUCACAGACCAACAUAGUUACUACAGUGAUAACUGUAAAUAACAGUAAAGUAGAACAGUGCACUGAGAAUGUGGAUGAAAACACUGCCAAUAGAAAGAAUUCAAAUACAAAUGGAAAAGUACCCCCUGUAAAUGUAAAAAUAGAACACAAUAUUGUAUCAACUGUAAAUGAAAAUUGUAAUGGAGCUGAAAAAAAUGAUGUGCCAUGCGUAAAUAUUAACAGUAGUAUCGAAGUAAAACAAAAUGGAGAAACUGAUAAAGAAUACAAAAAUGAAACGGUUUCCAGCAUUAAAACUACCGUCGUUAAAACGUUAUCAAAACCAGUUUCUAAAGGUGAAAAUGAAGCACAAAAGGAAGACACUCCUGCAAAGAGUGUACAAGACGAAAUUAUUAAUAAAACGCUCAAUGCUUCUUCUACUACCACAAGUACUCCAAUAAUUGUACCCACUACAACAUCUUCUAAUGUAUCUAGCAUAUCUUGGGCUAGUAUUUUGAAGAAAGGAAGUGCAGAAACACAAUCAACUCCAUUAAAUUAUAAACCUAUGGCACGCAUUAAUCCUCUACCAGUUAGUCCAGUCACAGAAAGUAGUGUGGCUCCAAAACCACAGUUACAAUUAGAAAAAGACCAACAUACUGAUACAAUGGUUUUUGUAAAUGAAAAUGUUUCAUCCAACUCACAAAAUGUUGUAAAUGAAAGUAAAAACUUACAAACGGAAUCAUUGCAAAACCGUUAUAAUGAUCCUAUUGCUUUCCGAAUGGGUGAGUUCUUAUUAAACUACCACAUGGAUAAACAAACUGUAAGUUUAUUACCACGGGGAUUAACAAAUCGUAGCAAUUAUUGUUACAUUAAUAGUAUAUUACAAGCCUUGCUUGCGUGUCCACCUUUUUAUAAUCUUCUAAUGGCUCUACCACAUUCUAAAAGUCCCAGUAAAAUGUCUUCCACUCCACUUAUUGAUAAUAUGAUAAAAUUUGUACACGAAUUCACACCUUUGUCAGAUGGUGCACGAUUGGCUAGAAAAGAUAGAGCAAACAAACGGGGAGAGGAUACGGUAGUAGAUAUACAAAGUGGAGUGGCCUUUGAACCUUCUUAUGUAUAUACAAUGUUAAAAAAUACGUCAGCUGCGGGUGUAUUUUCUGUGGAAGGGCGCCAAGAAGAUGCAGAAGAAUUCCUUUCGUGCCUUCUGAAUGGUAUCAAUGACGAAAUGCUCGAACUUAUUAAAUUAGUAAAUAACGACCAAAACGUAACGACUAAUGUUGAAACUAAUAUGAACUACAACAAUGGAGAAGAAGAAUGGAAGGUUAUGGGCCCAAAGAAUAAGGGAUCUAUUACACGCUGUACUGAAUUUGGAAGGACACCAUUAUCUGAUAUAUUUCGUGGUCAAUUAAGAUCUAGAGUAUCACGAGCAGGAGAACAACCAACAGAUAAUGUCCAACCUUUCUUCACAUUGCAACUUGAUAUUGAGAAAGCGGAAUCUGUGAAGAGUGCACUCGAAAUUCUUGUCGGAAAAGAUCAAUUAGAGGGAAUGACGUGUAGCAAAACGAAACAACAGAUAGAGGCUUGGAAGCAAGUUACAUUAGAAGAAUUACCGGUUAUCCUUAUAUUACACUUAAAGUGGUUUGACUAUAAACUCGAUGGUUGCUCAAAAAUCGUGAAAAGUGUGGAAUUUCCCGUCGACUUAAAAUUAGAUAGCAAAUUCCUGUCUCUAAAUGCUGCUAAAAAAUUAAAUCCAAAACAAAAACACUACAAACUAUUCGCAGUUACUUAUCAUGAUGGAAAAGAAGCAACAAAGGGCCAUUAUGUUACGGACGCUUUUCACGUGGGAUAUGGUGGCUGGGUCAGGUAUGAUGAUAGUUCUCUGAAAGGUGUUUCCGAAAGUAACGUAUUAAAGCCAACUCCUCCGAGAGUCCCAUAUUUAUUAUAUUAUCGAAGAUGCGACACCAUCGGAAAUAAUCAGUCAAAUAGUGGUAAAACGCGUUAGAAAGGAAAGCAUUAACAUGUAGGUAAAACUAUAUUUUAAGUCUAAAGAGGCAGUUUGAAAGAAUGGCUUUUACAGUUUUGUGGUUCUUGUUGAUAUUUGUAUCUAAAUACAGAGAAUGUUUAUUAUCCAAUAUCAUGAAAAAAUAGAAAGCUAUUUCCAUUUAACAUGCUGUACUUCCAUCGAAUAUUUGUACUAAGAUUGUUGUUACGAGUUUUAUGCAUAGUUUUCUUGGUACACGAAAUAAAAAGAUAAUUAAAGUUGAAGUUAAAUAAGAGUUUUGAUUUUGGCACUCAUAGUUCUAUUGAAGUUACAUAAUUAAGCGCUUACACAUUACAUGUUAUGAAAAUAUUAAAUGUCGAAACUCUCUUGUACAUAUCUUUCUUAUCUGAUUGUGAGUAUACAAGAUGUGAGAAAAAACAUACACGAUAACUUUGUAAAAAAAGAAAACGAAAAUAGAGAAAAAAGUUUUUCUACUUUAAUGACAAAAUUUCUAUGAAAUGCAAAUUUUAUAUAUAUCUGAAAAAGAACAUCUUAUGCCUUAAGUUAUUUUUGUAUAUAACCUUCCUGCACACUUAUAAAUAUACAUUCCAACUUGCCAAUAAUUUCUUCAUUUUAUACAUAUAUGCUAAUUUAAUAACUUCUUUCUUAUCGUGAAAAAAGUUGCUGAAAUACCAACCAAAUAUUAUGUUUCAUUAUUUCCAGUAUCAUUUUCUGGAUUUAUACAUGUAAAUGGAAUGAAUGCUUGAAAGGAAAUUGAAAAGUUUUCAAGGUAAAGAAAUAAUUGGUAAGAUGGAAUACUAACAUCGCUAGUGAGGAAAAUUGUAUAAACAACACAAAAUUUAUGUACAAAACUACAUUGUAUGUGUCAGAUUUGCAUC